AUGGCAUGGUAUAAUUCAAUAAUCUUAUAUAUAUUCAUAAUUAUAUAUUCAUGGUUUGUGAAAGUUGAUUUAAUUGAUGCACAUCAAAUUGAUCAAUCGUAUGGAUGUUAUCCAUCUGUAUUAUAUGUAUGGUCUGGACAAGAAACCUCUGUUCCAAAUGCUGCAGAUUUUGUUGCUGUUAUCGAUUUUGAUGAAAAUUCUCCUCAUUAUGGGCAUAUAAUAAAACGAAUUCCUCUCGUUUCAAAUACAACAGAUAGAAUUAGACAAUCAGGAAAUGAGCCACAUCAUUCAGGUAUAUCUGUCGACCGUGAAUUUUAUUUAACAGGUGGUUUACUUAGUUUUCUUUCAAAUAGUAAAGAAAUUUUUGUUUGGCGUAUUCCUAAGGAUCCUCGACAAGGUCCUCAAUUUUUAUAUGCACUUGAUGUAUCUGGAGCAUGUACAGAUGAAUUUUUAGCAAUUGGUAAUUCAACAUUUCUUGUAACUAUGAUGUGUAAUGAUAAUGCUGUUAGUCCUGGUGAUAUAGUUUUUAUUGAUGCUAAAACAGGUUUUUCAAAAUCAAUAUUACAAAAUGCAUCAUCAUUAAUUAAUUUUAAUCCACAUGGAUUUAGUCGAUUAAAUAAUGGUUCUCUUUUUGUUGCUGAUUAUAUAGUACCAUUAACACUAACAGAAAAGAAUCCAUCACAAAUUAUAUUUCAAAAUACUACUCGACAUUUUUUUCCUGACGGAACAUUACAAAGAAUAUUUCAAUUUGAAUAUCCAACUGCACCAGGUUCAACAACUGGAAUUGGAACAGGUAUUGGAUUUAUGGAAUUAAAAAGUAUUCCAAAUGAUCCAUAUGGACGUUCUUAUGCUUGUGCAACUAAUCUUAAUGCAAUGUAUUUAAUUGGACCUGGUAUGAGUGAACCUAUAUUAGCACUUGAUGCUUCUAUUGUUAAUGGAUAUCAAAAACGAGCUAGUUCAGGUUUAACAUCAAUAUUUCCUGAUGGACAACGUUUAUUAAUGACAUUUCAAAUGAGAUUUGUAGUAUUGCUUAAUAUAAUAAGCCCAGCACAUCCAUUAAUUCUUCGUGUAUUUGAUUUUUGUUCAGAUGAAGAACUCGAUAAUAUUUAUAUUCAAGUACCUGAUUCUAAUGAAACUCUAACAUUUGGAAAAUAUUGCGCUAGAAAUAAUAAUAUAACGGGUGCACAUGUUUUAGUUCAUCCACAAGGAGAAAAACGAUUUAUUGUUUUUAACUAUUUUCUUCAAUUUGGUUUAGCUCGAUUUGCAGGUGUACGAACUGUACAUGCAUUUAAACUUAACAAACAAUUAACAGAUUUUAAAUAUGAUCAUCGAUUUAAUCCGAAUUUUAUGUCUGAUGACAAGUCAAAACAACAACGAGAGACAUUUCAUUCACUUAAAGCAUUUCCUCAUCAUGCUCAAUACAUUAGAUUAAAAGAAUGA